AUGCCUUCAGAUAUAGAUAACUCGGUGGCGACUGCAACUGAUUCAGAUGGUGACGAUGACGAUGACCUAAAUAUUGUUUCUGUUCGGCCACCAUCAUAUACUACUGGUUCACACAAGAGAUUACGAAGAGAUGGGCAAGAGCCGUCUACUACGAAUAACCACAAAAAGCAACGUGUAGAACGAGACGAAUCUCCUGAUUCCUCCUCCGAUAACAUCCUCGACGACGAAUUCAACGAUAGCGAAGCCGCAUACCAACAAUUCAAGAACCGAAAAAGCAUCCAACGAAAACGAGCCUCCCUAAACGAGCGACGAGCACGCAAAGGAAAGGCCAAAGAAACAGAAAAAGAUGGUGGCAUAUCCAGAAGGAGAAGGUCAGCUCCCGCUCGAGAUUCACUAGUUGGGCGCGUCCCCUCAGAACCGUCGCGAAAACCGAAACGAGUCAUGAGAGAAUACACUGAAGAUCUUGUAUCUUCCGAAGAUGAUUUGAUGGAACACACACUACCAGAUUUCCUACAACAGCGACGAUCCCAAUUCGAUGCGCGCAUGAACCGGCUCAAAGAAGCUGGGUUACGAUUACCGCCAAACUUUGACGACGUCGAGUUCUCAGAUGAUGAGAAUUUGGAGUUUUUAAAGGAAAAACCAUUCUUUAGGGAUGUGACACCUCCGAAACCAUAUGAGGAUAUUCCGUUGCCGUAUUCGCUGGGUCUUAUUCCCGCACCUAUUGCGCAGUGGUUGAGGGAUUAUCAGGUCGAAGGUGCUGCUUUUCUUCAUGAAUUAUUCGUCUAUCAAAAGGGUGGGAUAUUAGGCGAUGAUAUGGGUUUGGGUAAAACGGUACAGGUCAUUGCGUUUCUGACUGCUGCGUACGGGAAAACGGCGGAUGAGCGGGAUAUGAAACGCAUGCGGAAGUUGAGGAGAAGUGGGGAUGAUGUGUGGUAUCCCCGGACGCUGAUUGUGUGUCCCGGUACGUUGAUCGAGAAUUGGAAGUCUGAGUUGCAGCGUUGGGGUUGGUGGGCUGUUGGUCUGUUUCAUGGUGAUAGAAAGGAGGAAGCGCUGCAAGCUGCCAAGGCUGGAAGAUUGGAGAUUUUGGUUACGACGUAUGUGACGUAUCGCAUGAAUAAGGAUGCGAUCAAUAUGGUAGAAUGGGACUGUGUGGUUGCCGAUGAGUGUCAUCAGAUCAAGGAGCGCAAAUCGGAGACGACGAUAGCGAUGAACGAGAUCAAUGCUCUGUGCCGAAUUGGACUUACUGGCACCGCUAUCCAAAACAAAUAUGAGGAGCUAUGGACAUUGUUAAAUUGGACAAACCCGGGAAAACUGGGCCCUGUGACUGCAUGGAAGAGAGCUGUGGCUGAACCUUUGAAGAUUGGUCAGUCCCACGAUGCUACGUUAUAUCAGCUAAGCAAAGCGCGCAAGACGGCCAAAAAGCUGGUGCAGAAUUUGCUUCCAGAAUUCUUCCUCCGACGUAUGAAGACGUUGAUUGCAGAUCAACUACCCAAAAAGAGUGAUAGGGUAGUUUUCUGUCCUUUGACGGACACGCAGGCUGACGCCUACGAGAACUUUCUAAAUAGCGAUGCGCUGGUCUAUAUCAAAAAUGCAUCAGAAUUGUGUGAUUGUGGCUCAGGGAAGAAAUCCGGUUGGUGCUGCUACAAAUAUUUACCGUCCGGCCAGAAAUGGCAAAGCUAUGUGUUUCCGGCCAUACAGAAUUUGCAAAAACUCAGCAACCACCUUGCUAUCCUGAUACCGCAGGGACAAGACCCCCGAGAAAAGCAGGACAAGGAUUUGGAAAUGUUGCAACUCGCUGUUCCGGAUCGAUGGCGCGAACUGUAUCAAACCCGAGACUCGAUUAUCAACUACGCCAACCCGGAGUUCUGUGGGAAAUGGAAAGUGCUCCGCAAAUUGCUGAAAUGGUGGCAUGCCAAUGGUGACAAAGUUUUGGUAUUUUCACACAGUGUUCGGCUUUUGAAGAUGCUUCAAAUGUUGUUUAACCAUACUAGUUACAAUGUCAGCUAUUUAGACGGGGCCAUGUCGUACGAAGAUCGAGCGAAGGCCGUCGAUGAGUUCAAUUCGGAUCCUCAGCAGUUUGUGUUUCUGAUUUCAACGCGAGCUGGAGGCGUCGGACUGAAUAUCGUGUCUGCAAAUAAAGUCGUCGUGGUUGAUCCUAAUUGGAAUCCGUCUCAUGAUCUACAAGCGCAAGACCGGGCGUAUCGAAUCGGCCAACACAGAGAUGUGGAAGUAUUCCGACUCAUUUCUGCAGGCACAAUCGAAGAAAUUGUCUAUGCUCGUCAGAUAUACAAACAACAACAGGCCAAUAUUGGAUACAACGCCAGUACCGAACGAAGAUAUUUCAAAGGAGUGCAGGAGAAGAAAGAUCAAAAGGGUGAAAUCUUUGGUCUUUCCAAUCUCUUCGAGUAUCAGAAUAACAAUAUCGUUCUUCGCGAUAUUGUGAACAAAACCAAUAUUGCCGAGAGUAAAGCUGGCGUGCAAGUUAUCGGCGUUGAUUUGGAGCAAGACGAUGAUGACGCCAGCAGUUCCGACAAUGUCACGACGAAAUCUGCUGUUGACGAUGAGGAUGACGGGACUCUGAGUCAGAUUGCGGCUUUGAUACGUGGUGAGACGCCAUCAUCAUCAUCGGCAACAGCCUCACCUUCUCUUCAAGCAAACAAAAAACAUGACCCAAUACACGCCAUUCUCGCCAGCGCCGGGGUCGAAUACAGCCAUCUAAAUAACGAAGUCAUCGGCUCUUCCAAAGUCGAAGAACGUCUCAGCCGUCGCGCCGAACAAGCCAAUGAUCCUCUACAAGGCGACAAACAAGUGUUCGACACAUCCUCCCAACCCACCCAAACCAGCAGCUCCAACGGCAACUCACACAGAUACGACAAUUUCAAAAUCCGUACCGAAGACGGCAGCAAAACAAUCCGAUUCAAGUUUCAUCCUUCACAGGAUGUACGGAAACGCCAGUUUUGUAGUAUGGCGCAGAAAUUCGGGUUUCCGAAUGCGACGGAGUUUGCGCUUGUGGUUGAAGGGAUGACGCAGGCGCAGAGACGGGCUUGUCUUGAGAGGUGGUAUAGGGAUAGGAGGGAGAUGCUUUUGAAGGAGGGUGGGGGAAAUGUUCAAUCCGAGGAGGAUAUCAAGUCUGAGGAUGCUGCUCAGACUGAUGCUUAA